UCAUCAAAAUUGUAUUCUUAUUUUAUAUUGUUGUAUAUGUAUUCAAAAAGUACUAAUUAGUAAUUUACAAAUUGUAUGGGUAAUCCAUUAAAGUUUCAAACUCAUCAAAUUAUGAAAUGAAAAAUACAAAGAAUAGGCUAUUACGGAUUUAGAUAUUUCUAUCUAAAGCCGUGGUUCCAAUUAACAACCACCAGGAGCGUUAGUAGUAGUUCACUUUUUCGUAUGUUAGAUAAGAACUCUCGUACACCGCGUUCUAACAUUGCGUAGUAUAGCCCGAUGUGCAACCAUUCUAUCUAAAGCCGUGCCGCGGAUGCAACUCGGAUAUGUCAUGAAAAAAACGAAGCACGCAACUGGGACAAAAUAUCAUUUAUUGACGCAAUUCGUAUGUGCCGAUAUUAAGAUAUGUCCUGAAUUUGAACUGAUCCAUUUCGUUAUUUCAUACAAAAAGCGUGCUGUUAAUCAAACUGUUCAAGAAUAAAAGAAUUUUUAAAGAAGUCUUAAAAAUUCCGAUGAGUUAUUAUAAAGAUUGGAAACCUUUAAUUAUUUCUGAGAAAAAUCAUUUGAUUGUAAUAAGUAUCUUCCUAUAAGAAAUGCAGAAGAAGUGGUACCUAAAGAUUUUUUUCAUCAUAUUUGUAAGAGUGAAAUGAAUGGAAUCGAAUUGGGUUCAGUGGUGGAGAUUGAAAACGAAGAUAAAAGUGGUUAUUGGUUUGCUAGUGUAUCUUUAUCUAAAGGUGUUUUAAUAAAUUUGCAUUAUUUUGGUGAUGACAAUGAUGAACACGACUUUUGGAUAAAAGUAAACUCAUCACGGAUUCAUUCUUUAAACUUGGGGAGUGAAAAUAAUAAAAAACUGAUACCUCCUCAUCCUCAGAGAGGUUCACUUUUAACUCCAGAAGGUUUUAAAGAAAAAGUUCAAGAUUGCGGUCAUGCUGUAUCAAACAUUGUAUUACAAAUGAUAGGUGCCCCAAUUCAUAAUAUAUUUAAGCGUGGCAUGUUUGUAGAAGUUCAAGAUAAAGAAUACCCUUAUCAUGUUUGGAUUUCCAAAGUGCUUAAAAAUGUGGGAGGAAGGUUAUUUUUACAAAUACAAGGAACAAAAAGCUCCGAGGGGAAACCAUUUUGGUUAUUUUAUUCAAAUGAUAGUGUUUUUCCUUUAGGAUGGGCAGAAGAAAAAGGACUUCCAUGGAGAGUGAUGAAUUUAGAUGCUAAUUUUAAAAAGUCUACUAAUUCUAGUGGACUACUGAAUGUGUUAGAGGGUAAGAUCCCAGAACAACAUGGUUAUAAAGUUGGAGAAAUGUUGGAAGUAAUAAAUCCUUAUUCAUUGAUGGAAUUUUAUACUGCUACUAUUGUUAAGGUCUAUGAUCAUCGUUAUUUUAAAGUUGAAGUAGAUAUUGAAAUUUAUGUAGAAAAACGUAUCAGUUUUGUGGCUACAAAAGAAAAUCCUUAUUUAUUUAAUGCAGGUUGGGCAAACAAACACAAAUUCUUACUAAAUCCUCCAUCUGAUUGGAAAAAACUCACCAAAUUCUCUUGGUCGAAAUAUAUCUUAAUGAAGAAAUUAAAAUUAGCUUCUGUAGAUAUUUUGUGCAGGAAAAAUAUUAACCAUGUUCAUACAGGUAUGAAACUAGAAGCUGUUGAUCCUCUGAAUACUGAUAGUAUUCGUGUAGCUACAGUUAAAGGAUUUGCUGAUCAUUGGAUGUUUUUGUCUUUUGAUAGCACGAGUUGUCGUCAAGAAUUAUUACAUGUGCGUUCAGUUUAUUCAGAUGAGGUUUUUCCCAUUGGUUGGUGCAAUAAACACAAAUAUUUUUCUAGUGCUCCAAAGCUUCCAUAUAGAAAUUAUCCGAGUUUGAAUGGCGGUUUGGAAAAAUCACUCAAAAUAAGUAAUGAUGAAAAAAAAUCUCCUAUUCCAAAAACAGUUUUGCAGUUCAAAUCUAAGAUGAAAACUAUGCCUAUUAGUAAAAAAUCCUUAAAAAAAAAGAACAAAUCUAAUAUUUCUAUAAGUUCUAAAUGUUUUAAAAAACGUCCAGUGACAUAUUUAGAAAUUGAUAAAGUUGCUGAAAAAGUGUUAGAUUGGUCAAAUGAACCUUUAGUUGCAAAGUAUAAGAAUUAUUUAGCAAAAAUAAUUAGUUUAGAUGCACACAUUAUUCAAUUAAACCAGAGUAAUACUGAACUGGAAUCAUCAGUUAUAGCUGAAAUUAUAUCAAGAAAAAAUGAUCUUAGGAGGAUGGACCAUAUGAGUAUUUUCAGCAAUACUAAAUCUAAAGUUGAAACCACUGAAGAAAAACAGUUCAUUGUUUUGGACAAUUGGAAAACAACUUUUGAAAACUAUUAUCGUCAAAAUCUAAGAUUUAAGGGACAUAAUAUUGAUAUAGGACAAUUAGAACACAUUGAGAUCACGUCAAAUCCAAAACAUUGGUCUCCUCAAGACGUUUAUGAGUAUUUGAUUAAUGAUAUAUUUUGUAGAGAUAUUGCUUUGAAAUUAUAUUCUGAGGAAUUUGAUGGUGUAGCGUUUAUGCUAUUAAAUGAAGAACAACUUUUAAAGUAUUUAUCGGUUUCAAUAAAUUUAGCAAUAAGAAUCAUGUGUCAUGUAGCUGAAGCCAAAUUAAUUUGUUUAACAAAAUAUUGUAACGAAGCAGAUUCUUAGAUACCUACUCAGUAAAAAUUGUCAAAUUAUAACAUCUCUUUUUUUUUUUUUAAUAUUGGUUUUCAAAUAGUUAUAGAUUAGAACUUAUCAAUGAUCAAAAUUACUAUUAUUAUUUUUGAGGUAUAUAGUAUGUUUGUUAUUAUACUACCUAUCUAAUUAAUUAUAAAAAUUAUUUUUCAUUAUUUUUUUUUA